ACGAAUGAAAAUAGCCCUAUCCCUGGCCAAACUCGUUAAAUUUAAAUGCAUGGAUCAACAAUCACAAUCCACAUACUGAGGAUAAUUCUAUCAGACAUGAAACCGACAUCAUUAAUUCUUAAUUAGACACGCCAAAAGACGGACAAAGAUUUGCUACAUUACCGAGAGAAAGAGUGAAAAAAAAAUAGAAGAAAAUAAUCGUUCAUCGGAGAAUUAUUUUUGUAUAUAAAAGAAUGUGAUACCUGUAUAUAUAUGGACAGUUUAAUUUGAUAUUUACAAUGGCAUCUGAGAUACAGCAAUCCCGGGCAGCGUCACCAAGACUUGUUAAAGAUUUCAUGGAAGAGGAAGAUGAAGAAAUUGAUGUUGUUGAUGAAACCGAUUCCAUAAACGACUCCACGGAAACUCCAGAAUCUCCCGUUCCAGAAGAAGAUGAUAUCGAAGCCUCCGCAGCGAAGAAACAGCGCCGCAACCGCACCACAUUUACCUCCGAUCAGUUACGGGAACUGGAAGCGGUAUUCCAGCAUACCCACUACCCGGAUUGUACACUCCGGGAACAAAUCGCCGAAAAGGUGGAUCUAACAGAGGCAAGAGUGCAGGUUUGGUUCCAAAACAGAAGAGCCAAAUGGAGAAAACAGGAGAAGAAUAUAGUCAGGAUGUUCGACGUCUUUCGACACCGCAUCGAUCCAUUUCCCAUAAUGCCUCACCCUCUGUCGUACAGUCCAUCCGCAUUUUCAUCCGUCCGUCCAUCUCUGUUUCCAUGGUUACCCCGACUUCCGCUCAGCAUCCCACCAAUGUUCUCCAUUUCUCCUCUCUUGCCAGACAUCAGACCUCCAUUCAAAAGUGGCGCUGCCGUUGGACCACUGAGCAAGCAUAGUAGCGACUCCAUGAAAUAUUAUGACUCGUACGCAAGAGACUAUUUACAGAGAUUCACAUCUGAAAAUCGAGACAAAUACGAAAGAGAAGGCAAAGUGCGUGUGAGGUCAAGUACGCCCAGCCCAAGAACACCGCCUCCGUAGUCAACUUGACCCCAACAUGAAUUGGAAAAUUGACUGAACUACACAAUGACCGAUGUGUUCGUCAUUCAUUCCUUCAUUCUCCCACCCCUUUCACGCAUGUACAUAUAUGUACAUAUCGGUACAUGUAAUCAUUGGAUCCACGCCUGUUCAUAUAUGUACACACCGGUAUAUGCAAUAAUUGGAUCCACGCCUGUCAUAUAUGUACAUACCGGUAUAAGUAAUCGCUAUACAUAUGCAUGUAUUAUAUACCGGUACCGGUAUAUGUAAUCAUUGGAUCCACGCCUGUACAUAUAUGUACAUACCCCUACAUAUAAUCAUUAGAUCCACGCCUGUACAUAUAUGUACAUACUGGUACAUAUAAUCAUCGGAUCCAGCUGUUUGACCAUUUGACGGAUGUUUUCAUUUCUUACUGCACAAGGUGUUGUUUACUCUUGUAUUUAAGCCACAGUGUGUAUGUUUGUUUUAUUUUUCUUGUACAUACAUUUUCAGUAUCAAGACAGUUAAGUGGAUGCAGUUGUGUUUGAAUCAUCUACGUAUAUAUGAAUAAUUAUGAUUUAAUGAACUUUUAUAAAUGUACUCGAUGCUAGUUUCUUAUAUUCUAUCCCAAAUAUAUUUUAUUGCAUUUCCUUUAUCUCCAGGAACAAUAAUUAUUUGUAGUUCUAUAUGAAUAAUUUUUUUUUUUAAUUUAGUACAAAAAUGUAUGUUAGUAUCAUUGUACGGCAAUACAGGAUAUUGUAACUACUCAUUUCGUCUUCUAAAAUUGUAUCAACACAGUGAAUUCAUUUGUGAAUAUUUUAAAUUGUAAGAAUGGAUUUUAAAAUCCGUAUUUCAGUGCAGCAAAUGUAAGAUUAAAAGUAAGACAAAGCGGACCCAGGACCGCCUUCUCUUUGGACAAAUUUUAUUUUAAGACUGAAUUUACAUGUCAGUUGUACUAGUGUAAGUUCAAUGUGUCUGUUGUGUACAUUUUACCAGUAAGAAAAUCGUAAUGUCUUCUUGCUUGAAUCGAUACUAGUAUUUUGUGGUAGCUACAUCUCCGUUUUAACUAUAUUUGAUCCCCAGUGCUACUUUAAAAAAAACAGUGCGCCAUUUCAUGGUUUUAUCUCACCUGAUCAAAGAUCAGAUAUUGAAAAAAAAUAUUAGUAGAUCAAUUGAAAACUACGAUUUACGAAGCUUUUACUAUAGUGUACGAUUCUAAACCAUGUUCAUCAUUCUGUGAAUAAAGAUUUUUGAUUGACA